CUCCAGCGGCCGGCCAGUGAGGCAGUACGGAGCCGUGUCGGCUGCUGCCAUCCACCGGAAAUGCGGCCCGACCGCUGACCGCUGACCGCGGGCCGCUGAUCGCUGACCGCUGACCGCUGACCGCGGGCCCAGAGAGUGGCGAGCCUCGGCAGGAUGCCGGAACAGAGUAACGAUUACCGGGUGGUGGUGUUCGGCGCGGGAGGCGUCGGAAAGUCUUCGCUGGUGCUACGCUUUGUGAAAGGCACCUUCCGCGACAGCUACAUACCGACCAUUGAGGACACCUAUAGACAGGUGAUCAGCUGCAACAAGAACAUCUGCACGCUGCAGAUCACUGACACGACCGGCAGCCACCAGUUCCCGGCCAUGCAGCGGCUCUCCAUCUCCAAGGGACACGCCUUCGUGCUGGUCUUCUCCGUCACAUCGCGGCAGAGCCUGGAGGAGCUGAGGCCAAUAUUCGAGGUCAUCCGGGAGGUCAAAAGCGGCUCAGAGGAGGACAUUCCGGUCAUGCUUGUUGGAAACAAGUGCGAUGAAAACGAAAACCGCGAGGUGUCCCACACGGAGGGCGAGGAGCAGGCGAAGAAAUGGCGGUGUAACUUUCUGGAGACUUCAGCCAAAAAUAACACGAACGUCAAGGAGCUGUUUCAGGAGCUGCUGAACAUGGACAAAACCCGUACCAUGACUCUGCAAAUGGACGGCAAGAAGAAGUCGCAGAAGGGCACACGCAAAAUCAAGGAAAAGUGUGAACUGAUGUAGGAAAACACAGGUGUCGUAGAGGGCGCGUGGUCUUUAUACCGGCGGUCUGAGGCCGAGGGACGGCCGGGGCGCGCCGUGGGAGGCCCCGCAGUGUGCCCCGAGAGGCCCCGCAGUGUGCCGCGAGCUGGAGCGGACCGGUUGGAGGACCGGUGGGCCGCUCGUGUCGCCGGUACAAAUUCCGAGGGCGGCAGCGGCGGUGCGAGGAUCGCGCGGCGAGCAGAGGAGCAGAGGACAGCUGCGCGGCCGGGCCUGGCGUACGGCUGUCUCUGGGCCGCACAUCUGCGUGGCCCGCCUGCCACCAGCCGCACGGACCCGACCGGCGGCGCUCGCCCAGUCCCGGCGGCCCUCGCCCAGUCCCGGCGGCGCUCGCCCAGUCCCGGCGGCCGGCGUCCAGUCCCGGCGGCCGGCGCCCAGUCCCGGCGGCGCUCGCCCAGUCCCGGCGUCCCUCGCCCAGUCCGGCGGCCGGCGCCCAGUCCGGCGGCCGGCGCCCAGUCCGGCGGCCGGCGCCCAGUCCCGGCGGCCCUCGCCCAGUCCCGGCGGCCGGCGCUCUCGGCACGCGAGUUCUGGCGGCUAUGACCGGUGUCUGACCUGCGUAUGCCUAAAGUUGAGGGUAGCCGAGCCGGCCUGACCUGUGCGCCCGGCUAGUGCCUCUCGAAGCCGAGUGCACGGCUCAGGUGGCAGGCCCACCACCCUGCCAUUGCACACACACGAAGGCAACGAUCAUCAACGAUACAGCCGGGGCGCAGCGAGCGCGCUCCGGUGCGUGUAUCGCUGCGCCGGGCGGACUGCGAGGGAGGGAGGUGCGGCAGGCCGAGGGCCGCGCAGAGGUGGGAGUGUGUGCCACUGUUCACUCGAAUUGUACCGAGGUGAGUAAGCGGUGACCCUUUCUGUCACCUGAGUUUGGUACCUACUCACAGCGAAUCAGUGCUUAUGUGAGACUGUGAGAUGUUCUCACAAUCGCAAGCGAGUUUACUUCUCACCGAGAGGUUGUUUCCGUGAAACUGCGAGAUGCUCCGUAGUUUCGCAAGCCUUUUACUUAGGUCGUAUUUGUCCGAGUUUCUAUCAGUGGUCGCGUAGAAUUCCAUUGUUAUCAGGUACCGCAAUGUGCGGCACUGGCAGGAACAGUGUCAUUGACUCCAUGUGCCUGAUAUGAUAUUUUUAUUUAUAUGAAAAUUUUGCUAACUCAAUCGUGCACUUACAAACAACGAUUCAAAGUAGCAUAUCCUCUCAAGUAAUGGAAGGCCUAGUAAAAUGAAAGAAGCAUAAACACUUAUGUUUUUUUGCAGCUCCUUCAAAUUAUGUCGCAAGUUAUCAUGAGCCGCACAAAUUACUCAAGUUCAGCUGCACAUGACUGUUGUUCAAGCCUCGCCAUGCCUCCCUUAUCAUUCACAGCGAUUUCUGCUUAACCUGGCCGGGCCCGGGAGGGGCGCGGGGUAAUCCCAACCACCGCAGACGGGGGGGGGGGGGUCGUGGGCGUAGGAACCUCACGAAAAGUGGGGGGGGGCAGCGAAACUUCAUUGUCACUUUUUGGGAGCCUCAAUACCCCUAUGAAAAUUUGUUUUGCAGUUUUGUGCUCAUCUCACCUUGCUGAGCCAUUUCCUGCUCUUAAUGUUGCAUUUAAAUCAAAAAUAAAUAUUUUACUUUGAAAAAUGGCUGAAAAGUGGGGGGGGGGGCAUGGGGUGCGUUUUUCGCCCCAUCCCCUGUCUUACGCCGUACCUAAGGGAGCUACGGAAACAAAAGUGGUACCAAACGAAAGGUCUCUACAAGACGAUUCUAAAUCAUCUAACUUUUUUUAUCUCAGGUCAAUUUUCAAAGUCACAGGUCACGAUCAAAGGCAAAACCCGUUACAAGUGUAGUAAUCUCAGAGUAAGUGUUCAAGAGAAGGGCAGGAUGCACACCACCAGCUAAAAUGGGAGUGAAACGAAAGAUGGAAAUCUGUUGAUUCCGAAAAUGUGCUCUAAAUGAAAGGUCAAGGUCAUGCUCAAAAUUGACCUCAAACUUUUCACUUUUUCGAACAUCUUGCGUACUAAAUUCCAAGAUGUUUUGAAAUGUUUUGAGGCUUAUUAGGUCCCAAUGUGUAGUUCAUCUUUCGGUACAAGGCUGUUCCAAUGUCUAGGUCAUGGGAGAGCGUCCUUGCUAGAGGCUAUUUCACUGAUUCAAGUUAGUAAUAAUAAGUAAAAUAAUUUUGCCAUCCGGAGACUCUAAAUGAACGCUGAGAGAAAAAUGGAUGCCAGAUUCGUGAUCAGCGGCUAGCUGUCUGGCGAAUGCAGCUAAUUUGACCAACUCUGCAGCAAAUGUCUUAAAAUUAUCUUCAUGUCAUGAAUUUAUUUCAGUGUUUAAAUCGAAAAAAUGUCUGAUGAUUUGAAAAAAUGAGGUGUAUAGGCAUCUGAUUAGCCGAAACUGAUAGCUUUUAAGAAACACACUGAACCGAACCUUAUUUGACGGAAUCUGCACCUUAUCUGCACCAAAUGCGUACCAGAUGGCCGUCGUGAGUUAGUUUAUGUAAUAGUAAGCUUAUGAUUUUUGAGCGUUUCAAUUUGAUUUGUUGGCAAGUGUGGUUGCGGUGAGAUUUCAAGCUUUUUCUGAGGCUGGGGCACUCCAUAGUGACCUGACCUGAGAUGACCUCAGCUUGAACUUUAAGUACAAGCUGAAAAAAUGAUGUAUCAAUAGGAACAUGACCCGAUUUCAGCCGUCUGUCUAUGAUAGCUUCUGAGUUAUUUGUAAAAAAAAACGAAGGGGGGGGGGGCGUAAGCCCCCUGGCACUGCGAGGGUUGAGUUGUGUGCCACUAUUUCAAAAUUAGUUCGUCCACCAUGUCCGAUGGUUCAUGCUUCGAAUCCAUCACAGUGUGCUAUUCACUUUAUUCCGUGUCAAACCAAUAGCUGGCUGUUUCCUGUUGAAUGCUCUGUCGAUGUUUGAUGCAUACCGUCGAUAUAGUUAUGUAUGACAGUCGUCACUUUUGCACACGUGCAUACGAGUUUGUUGUAUACUGGCGUGCCGCGCACCGUGCGUGGGCUGCGGCCCGCUGUGCCCCCGGGCCCGCCGGUCUCGGCCGCCCCCGCCCCCCCCCCCCGCCCCGCCCCCGGCGCCCCUGUGAUGCCCCCUCCCCUCACUGGCCGCUCCUCUUCUCCUGGUUCUGAGCUGUGAUGCGCGUCCGCUAUACCGGCGGCGGUCGCCCCAUUUCGUCUGCCGGCGCGGUGGUGGCCGCUGGCAGUCCAUACGUAGUCACAUAUCACUGAGAGUAGCUGGCCCCUUGUCGUGGCGUGGCACCGCAGCACCGCCGCUGCCCGUGAGCCGCGUGCUUGGUAGGCCGUUACCCCGGAGAGCCGCGCUGUUACCCCGGAGAGCCGCGCCGUUACCCCGGAGAGCCGCGCCGUUACCCCGGAGAGCCGCGCCGUUACCCCGGAGGGCCGCGCCGUUACCCCGGAGGCCGCGCCGUUACCCCAGAGAGCCGCGCCGUUACCCUGGGCAGCCGCACAGCUGGUAGCCUGUUAGCCAGAGAGCUGCUGUGUACUCGUAGGUUCAACUACCUACGCUACGGAUCUGGGGUCGCAUUGGUGAAUCACUCUGCAAUAAACCAAUAACAAGA